GGAGAUCCGCAAGUGCAGGGCUCUGACCGACCAGCCGUUCGGGGUGAAUCUGACGCUCCUGCCGGUCGGCGUGAAGCCGGACUACGAGGGGAUUGCUCGGGUCAUCAUCGAGGAAGGCAUCAAGGUGGUGGAGACCGCUGGCAGAAAUCCAGGGGAGCACGUGGCCAAGUUCAAAGAAGCAGGCAUCAAGGUGAUCCACAAGUGCACCGCCAUCAGACAUGCGAUAUCUGCCGAGAAGUACGGCGUGGACAUGAUCAGCAUCGACGGCUUCGAGUGUGGGGGCCACCCUGGGGAAGACGACGUGACCAAUUCCCCGCGUGCCGUGCUCCGCCGGCUCUGGCUCGGGAGGGGCCUUCGCGGUCUGGGUGCUCCUGCCGAAGGCGGUGAAGUCGCUGCGAGUGCCCGUGAUCGUCUCCGGGGCCUGUGCCAACGGCCAGCAGCUGGCGGGGGCGUUGGCGAUGGGCGCUGCGGGAGAAUGAACAUGGGCACCCGUUGGAUCGCCACCAAGGAGUGCGGGGUCCUGGACAGCGUGAAGCAGGCGCUGGUGAAGGCCCGGGCGAGAUGCGAGCGUGAUCCCCAGACCCCGGCCACGACGGGCGACGAGUGCUGCCGGGUCGAGGUCUUUGGGAGGAGGAGGA